AUGAGUCCCUCGGCGAAUGGCACCGCCGGCCUCAAGCCCAACAUUGGCGUCUACACCAACCCCAAGCACGAGCUCUGGCUGGCCGAGACGGGUCCCAGCGCCGAGAGCGUCCAGUCCGGCGCUGGCCUCCAGGAGGGCCAAGUCACCAUUGCCAUUCGUAGCACCGGCAUUUGCGGAUCUGACGUGCAUUUUUGGCACGCCGGCUGCAUCGGUCCCAUGGUCGUCACCGGCGACCACAUCCUCGGCCACGAGUCGGCCGGGGAGGUGAUUGCCGCGCACCCGUCAGUGACGUCGCUCGCCGUCGGGGACCGCGUCGCCAUCGAGCCCAAUGUCGUGUGCCACGCCUGCGAGCCGUGCCUGACGGGGCGGUACAACGGCUGCGCGCGCGUCGCCUUCCUGUCGACGCCGCCCGUCGACGGCCUGCUGCGGCGCUACGUCCACCACCCGGCCAUGUGGUGCCACAAGCUCGACGGCCUGUCGUACGACGAGGGCGCGCUGCUGGAGCCGCUCAGCGUGUCCCUCGCGGCCAUUGAGCGCGCCGCGCCGCGCCUCGGCGACCCCGUGCUCGUCUGCGGCGCGGGGCCCAUCGGCCUCGUCACGCUGCUGUGCUGCGCCGCCGCCGGCGCGUGCCCGCUCGUCAUCACGGACAUUUCCGCGCGCCGGCUGGCGUUUGCGAGGGAGGUGUGCCCGCGCGUCAUCACGCAUCACGUGGCGCCGGGGGUCGGGGCGGAGGCGGCGGGUCGGCAGAUUGUCGAGGCCAUGGGCGGCGUCGAGCCCGCGCUGACCAUGGAGUGCACGGGCGUCGAGAGCAGCAUCGCGGCGGCCAUCUGGGCGACCAAGUUUGGCGGCAAGGUCUUCAUCAUCGGCGUCGGCAAGAACGACAUCUCCAUUCCGUUUAUGCGCGCCUCGGUCCGCGAGGUCGACGUCCAGCUGCAGUACCGCUACAGCAACACCUGGCCACGCGCCAUCCGCCUGCUGCGGAGCGGCGUCGUUGACCUGUCCAAGCUCGUCACGCACCGCUUCCCGCUCGAGGAGGCCGUCAAGGCAUUUGAGACGUCGGCGGACCCUGAGAGCGGCGCCAUCAAGGUCCUGAUCCAGAGCCUCGAUUAA